GUACCUUUUCUUAGCGGCUUCCUUUUUGCUGUGUAUCACCUCCCCCGCUUCCUCUGGCUUUUUUCUUCCAAAGGGGGGGUUUCCUUCUUAUUGUGAGGCGAACGCGUUCUCCACUCAGCUUUUUUUUUAGCCAUUUUGCUCCAAGUGCGGCUUCUGUGUGUAAGCUUAGCUAGUCUUUAACUUGUGAACAGAGGAGUCACUCCGUCCACUAUUUGAGGGCAGGUUAUUUAAAGAAGUCAGGAGGGUUUUAUAAGGAUGUCGUUGUCUUUGGGGGGGGAGAAAGGGACUGGGGUUUUCGUAGGGAUGUCGGGGAGGAGGGGAAGUCGGCUUGUGAUGACAGAAACAGCCCCGCUCCUCUGGAAUCUCCUCCCAUUCUUUAAGUAGAAGGAGCCUCCAUCUCCUUCCGUGUUCGUUAAGGAAGGAUGGUCAAAAGAAAGUCGGUUUUCUUUCAAAGAUAUCCUCAAAAUGGCUUCGAAAACUGACAUUUAAGUGGGAGUACAACAAGCUGGGAGAGGAAACCGGAUUGAGAGUGUUGGUGCGUGUGUGGGUGUGCGAAGCUGAGUCGCAGGCGGGGAGCUUGACUCACCAAAGUGAAGUUUAUGCGGGUGAACAGGAGAAAACUGCCGAGGAGAAGCGACAUGAAGCUAUAAAUCGGCUCCAAAAAUAAAAAUAAAAGCGACCACCUGAGUGGGGAAGCCGCCGGUGCUCCAAGGACAGGACCCUCACGGUUCUCAGCGUAAACCCGGCCGGCGUCAUCAUGCUGCAGCAGGUUUUAAAGGAAAUGUACAUCGACCCCGAUGUGCUGCAAGCGCUCAAUGAAGAGCAGAAGAAGAUUUUGUUCCUGAAAAUGCGCGAGGAGCAGGUGCGACGCUGGAAGGAGCGAGAGGAGAAGCUGGGGCGCGAGCCCGAACUCAAGCCGGCCAAACAAAAAAGAGCUAACGGUAAGAGCGUGAGCUGGCAGCUGGGCCGCGAUGGAGAGGUGUCCGUCAGCGUGAUGGGAGAAGUGGAUGAACUCACCUCCAAGUUCCUGUCCACAAAACUUCUAGAGAAACCACAGAAAGAGAGAGGGGUUCAAAACAUCUUUAAAGACAAAAAAGACUGUGAAAAACCUCAAACGGAGAACGUCGCUCCAAAAACCAAACCUGACGUUUCCUCGAUUCUGAAGCAGGGGAAACCUGAAAAGGCGACCACUUCUCUCCCUCUGCCGGUGUCAGUGAGUGAUCCUCCACAGUCUACACCAGCAGUAGAGGUUGAAGUGAAGCCGGUGGUUCCAAUCAAGGAGACGUCUGCUCCUCCCCCAAGUUGCACCCAUAUUAAUCAGCAGAAACUGGCGGGACAUCGUAACGCACAAAAAAGGCCAGUUGAAGAUCCCUCUAAAACGUCCAUCUACCAUCAGAGAUCGGGGAAGCCAUCAGACUUGGCCAAGGUUGGCCAGGUGGUGGCGCUAAUACAAACAUUUAGCCAGCGUGAAGCUAAUUGCCCCCCACCAGCACCUUUUCGCGGCGUCAAGCCCCCGCUUCCCAACAAGCCUCAUCACUUACGUCCAACGAACUUAUAAUCCCCAGCAAGAUGGCCACCAAGCUCCAGGAGGCCCCAUGCUGGAACUACGGCCUCAAACGGCAACAUCAGACACGGCUCUUAUGGAGAGGGAAGUGGAUGGACUCAAAAGUGUCUUCACCUUCUCACUGCCAAAGGACUUUUUGUCAUCACUGUUUAAUAUUUUGGGGGUUGCUUUAGAUUUCGGAUGCUGCCAGGCUGUAACCAUUCUUUAAAAGUCCAAAGCAACCGGUUGUACCGAAAAUUGACUAUCAGAGGGAUUCAUAUAGAUGCUUUAAGCUCUGAUGAUCUGGUGAUAUAAAGACCCUUCUGCUGUCUUUCCAUAAUUCUUAAAUCUGCGGGCACCUUUUUUUUUUUUUAAUGAUUCAUGUCAAAUGUUGUGUUAAACGUCAAAUAGGGGUUUGGUGGUGGAAAACCAGAAGGUACAGGAGGGUCCUCCUUUAUCUUGCCGUCGCCUCCCCUGCAGUGGCAUCGGCUUCUGAAUUUGUCAGUGUUUUCAACGUCUCUGCGCCGCCAAGCAGGAGUUUCCCUCAGACCUGUUGUGGAGCAAAUGCUGGUGCCAAACGCACGCUGUUCUGUCACGUCUAGGAAAUCAAACCCUGCAGACUCCGUCGCUGCCAAAAGGAACACAGCUUUCAUUGCUUCUUUGGAAGAAAAAGCUGUGCUAGAUUUGAGAGUUUAAUUUUUUUUUUCUUUUUGCAUUUUCUUUCAUUUUCUACAUGGAAACAUCUUUUAAUAAUGGGAUAAUAAAUGCGAGCAACGUGCUCUUGAAUGAACAGAGAGGCACGUUUGUCCUCGAUGCCUAAAUGAGUCGAUCAAGACGAGAAAUAAAACUGUAAAUAGAUUCAAGUGCCUU